AUGAAGAAUCUUGGAAAUCAACCUACAAAAACUGAAUUAAUUGAAAAUACAAUCUUACACAUUUCAAAGUUUUCCUGGAAUACUAGUGAAGGGAAAAAUUUGAAACUUUGUGCAUGUAAAGAGGUAGGUUAGAAGCUCAUUUUCCCAAAAUUUCAAAUUUUUCCAGUGGAAAAUAACAACAUGAAAAAUCUUGGAAAUCAGCCUACAAAAACUGUACUCAUUAUUCUUUUAAAUUUGGACCUGUAAAUAAUAAAGUGAAA